UUUUUUCUUUUUUUUAAUCAGAAAAACAACCUAAACAGAGCUGAUGUAUGAUGGCAUCGAUCACAGACCACAGACCCAACUGAGGAUCUGAAAACGGAUUUGAAAGAAGCUUUUCCUUCAGCCUGACGGAGAUUGAGCUGUUAUGAUGCGAAGAAGAAUGGAGAAAAACUGGACGAGUUCCAGCACCUCCGGCUGCUGGUCAUGGGUUUGACCAAACAGUACCUGCGCUACGCCGCCAGCGCCGUGUUCGGCGUCAUCGGCAGCAGCCAGCGGGCCAACAUCGCCUACGUCACGCUUCGUGGCGGGGAGAAGGGCCGCUACGUUGCCGUGGCCGCGUGCGAACAUGUCUUCGUCUGGGACGUCCGAAAAGGAGAGAAGGUCCUGAUCCUGCAGGGCCAGAAACACGAGGUGAGCUUCCUCUGCCCGUCUCCGGACGGCGUUCACAUCGCCGUGGGUUACGAGGACGGCAUGGUGCGGAUCUUCAACCUGCUAGGGGAGAGCAAUGUUUCCUUCAACGGUCACAAGUCCGGUGUCACGGUGAUGAACUACGACGCUCUGGGGGCGCGACUCGUCACCGGCUCCAAGGACACAGAUGUGAUCGUGUGGGACAUCAUCAACGAGUGUGGACUGUAUCGGCUGAGGGGACAUAAGGACGUCAUCACGCAGGCCUUGUUCCUUAAAGACAAGAACCUCCUGGUCUCAAGCUCCAAGGACAGCUUUGUGAAGUGGUGGGACCUGGACACGCAGCACUGCUUUAAGACCUUGGUGGGCCAUCGCAACGAGGUGUGGGGAAUGGUUCUGUUGGACUGCGACAACAGGCUGCUGACGGGGUCGGCCGACAGCGAGCUCCGCGCCUGGGACAUCCGCCGCCUGGAGGAGGGAAAGGCUGAGGGUGAGCCCAGAGUGAAGAAGGGGAAAACUCUGCUGGAAGACGAUGAGGAUGACGAUGGUAAAGAAGAGGAGGAGGUGGAGAGCGUGGAGGAGCGCAUCCUGAGCUGUAAGAAGGUCGGCUCCAUCCUGAGAGAAGCCAGAGAUCGGGUCGUGUCGCUGACAGCAGAUUCCAAGGCCAGAGUCAUCGCCUGCCACGGAAACGACGCGGUACUGGAAGUGUUCAUGGUGCUGUCUGAGGAGGAAGUGCAGAGAAAAAUGAACAAGAAGCUGAAGAAAGCCAAGAAGAAAGCAGCCAAAACGCAGGGAGAUGCAGGCGAUCAGACAGCAGAGCCGGUGGUGGAGAGAAUGCUGAAGGACGAGAUCAUUAGACUGACGAACAUCAAGGCUUCUGCAAAGAUCAGGUGGGUGGACGUCCUGUCGUGUGCCGGCGGAGAGCUGAAGGUGGCGCUGCUGCUUCAGAACAACACCGUUGAGACCUACAGCCUGAAGACCGCCGACAAGAACCCGGCGGCUAAUAAGACGGCCCGACUCACGCUGGGCGGGCACCGCACCGACGUUCGCACGCUGGCCUUCAGCUCCGACAACCUGGCCGUCCUGUCGGCCUCCGGAGACACGGUCAAAGUCUGGAACAGGUCAACGCUGCAGGUGAUUCGCACCAUGGCGUGUGAAUACGCGCUCUGCUCCCUCUUUGUGCCCGGAGACAGACAGAUAAUCCUGGGAUCGAAGAAUGGGAAGCUGCUGAUCUUUGACCUGGCCUCAGGAAGCCUUCUGGAAACUGUGGACGCCCACAGUGGAGCUGUGUGGUCACUGUGCCUGGCACCGGAUCAGAGGGGAAUUAUCUCUGGAAGUGCUGAUAAGACGGUAAAGUUCUGGGAGUUUGAGCUCGUCAAAGACAAAGGAACGGACCAGAAGCGUCUGACGGUGAAACACACUCGCACGCUGCAGCUGGAUGAAGACGUUCUGUGUGUGAAGCUUUCUCCUGAUCACAGACUGCUGGCCGUCUCUUUAUUGGACUGCACCGUCAAGGUCUUCUACACGGACACCCUGAAGUUCUUCUUGUCUCUGUAUGGACACAAGCUGCCUGUCCUUUGUUUGGACAUCACACAUGAUAGCGCUCUGAUCGCCACUGGCUCUGCAGACAGGAACGUAAAGAUCUGGGGUUUGGAUUUCGGCGACUGCCACAGAUCUUUGUUCGCUCAUGACGACAGCGUCAUGUUUCUCCAGUUCGUCCCCAAGACUCAUUUGUUCUUCACCGCCGGGAAGGACAAGAAGAUCAAGCAGUGGGACGCUGACAAGUUCGAGCUCAUUCAGACCCUGGAGGGUCACCAUCGGGAGGUCUGGUGUCUGGCCAUCAGCCCCAACGGAGAUCACCUGGUGUCGGCGUCUCACGACAAGUCCCUGCGUCUGUGGGAGCGGACCAGGGAGCCCAUCAUUCUGCAGGAGGAGCGGGAGAUGGAGAGAGAAGCUGAAUUUGAAGAGAGCAUGGCCAAAGGAGACGCACCUGUGGUACCAGGAGAGACGGAGGGCGAGGCGGCACCAGCUGGGAAGAAGAGCAUCGAGACGGUGAAAGCUGCUGAGCGAAUCAUGGAGGCUCUGGAGCUUUACCGAGAAGAAGCCAGGAAGUCGGAGGAGCACAAGUAUUUCUGUGAGAAGGCUGGGAAAGAGCUGCCUCCUCCUGAAGCCAACCCCAUCCUCGUCGCCUUUGGAAACGUUACUCCGUCCCGCUACGUUUUAGAUGUAAUAAGAAAAGUCAGAUCCAGUGAGCUGGAGGUUUCUCUGCUGGUGCUGCCGUUUUCUUACGUCCCUGAGUUGCUGAAGCUUUUCAACACCUACAUCCAGCAGGGCCUGGAGGUGGAGCUCGUCUGCCGCUGCCUGUUUUUCCUCCUCAAGAUCCAUUUCGGUCAGAUCACCAGUAACCAGAUGUUGGUGUCCGUCAUCGACGAGCUGAAGACCAACACGCUCUCCAAAGUCUGCCAAAUCAGAGAUGUGCUGGGCUUUAACAGCGCCGCCCUCCAGUUCCUCCAGCGGGAGAUCGAGAGCAAAGAGGAUGUGAUGUUCUUCGCUGAUGCCACAGGCCAACUGGAGGAGAAGAAGAAGAAAAGGAGGAAGAGGGAGCGCGCCGUUCUGACCAUCGCUUAAAUUUAUAAAGAACAUUAUUGGUGUUUCGAUGCAAAUGUCCUCCCCGCUUUAAUUCCGACCCAGACCAGGUGGAUUACUUUUUAUACGUUGUGAAACCCCGGCAGGAUGUAACUCAGUGGUGAGCAGUGACAUGCUUUAUUCCCCAAAUAA